ACGGGUCGUUCAUCCCUUCCAUAUAGAACGUAAACAAACCUGAUAUUUCCCAAGUGUUACGUCCUUCCGAUCAUGUCUGCUUCAGUUCACAAGAAGUUACGUUCUUUCAAACUAUCACAGAUGGACCUUGAACGAUCGUUAUGGGACAUGGUGAACUUGUUUCGUGCGCCUCGUCGCGUUUAUCGAUCCAUUAGCUUACGAAAACAAACUAUUAACCAGUAUGGACGUGAAGACCUAUCAUUUAUUAUUUUAUUUUCCGGGUUAAUUGUCUUUACAUCAUUCUGUUGGGCAUUCUUUUUUGAAAAUACUCUCAAAGGUUACAUUUCCCUGUUAUGUUCCAUGCUGUUUGUCGAUUUUCUGGCUGUUGGAUUUAUUCUCUCAUCCAUUUAUUAUUUUGUUGCAAAGAAGUUUUUACUUAAAGACAUUUAUCGAGAGUCUGUAACCCUUGGGCCAUUUGAGAGUCAGUUAGAAUGGAAAUAUUGCUUCGAUAUUCAUUGCAAUUCUUUUUUUCCUGUCUUUGUUCUUUUAUACAUUCUUCAGCUGAUUCUUUUGCCCCUUAUUAGCCGUUCUAAUUUUAUUUCUUUAUUUUUAGGAAACUCGCUCUAUUUGGUUGCUUUGUGCUACUACACCUAUUUAACUUUCAUUGGAUAUCAAACUUUACCGUUUUUAAAAGAUACUCAUACUCUCUUAACCCCAAUUCCCAUGUUUCUCAUUAUGUGGGCACUGUCACUCUUGGGUUACAACGUCCCUAAGCAUGUCGUUUCCGUUUAUUUCAAAAAUGAUGCUUAA